AUGACUAUCAAUCCGGCUCGAUCGCUGAGCCAACAUCUCCUGCUGUGCCUCAGUCUCAGCUACCUACACUUCUCGGGCGUCCUCGCGCAGUCUGGUGAUGGCGGCGCCGCGCAGGGUGUCCAGCCAGGUAGUCUAGGCUCUGAUUCAUCGGACUCGGAGAGCGCAGCGUCUGCUGGCCCAGACACUGGCUCGGCGAAUCUCAGCCAUGGUGCAGUCAUCGCCAUUGCUGUAGUGGUCAGCCUUGUCGUCGUGCUCGGCACGACCACGGCGGUUCUAUUCUUCCUCGCGAAGAAGCGACAGUGGAAGAUCAAGGAGGGUCUUCGUCGAUCGGCGCGCAGAGUGACGAGCGCGGUCAAAGCGGUAGCCACGCCGCUGACGCCGAAGAAAAUGACAUUCUCGCCGAUCGAGAAGCGACUGCACGAUGAGGAGACCACCGAUCGAUUGAAGAAGGCGAAUGCCGAGCAUGCGCGAGAGACGGCCAAGAUCCAGAAGCAGCAGCAGCAACAGGCCAAACGGAAGGUUCAAGAUGUCGAGAAGGGUGUCCCAGUGGUGGCUGUUGAUGUCCAGGAUGAUAGAGCAUUAAACGGAGAGAGGAAUCCCCUGCCCCGGAGAGAGAGUAAAUCCAGGCCGCGCCCGCCGAAUGUGAAGAUCCCGUCGUCGGCUUUUGAGAUGGAUAGUCCCAAGACGCCGGUAUGGAAGAAGGUGUUUGGCCGGUGA